AUGGGAAAUCAUAACGUGCGUAAGGACUUUGCCAACAGCAAAAUAGCUUGGUACGUGAAGAACUCGCCCGAGGCAAAGAGACUUUGGAUCAGUGGUGUUAACGUCAUGACGCUCGUGUAUGACAAGGCGCACACAUUUUGGAACAAGGACCUGCCAUCGGCUAUUUUCUUCGGCAGCUUAACAAAGGGUAAGAAGAGAUCGAAGGUGCUAACGUGGCCGGGUAGUCGUUCAUGA